AUGUUACAAGCUAAACCCAAGAUUAUUGCGCAGUAACCUGUUUACAAAGAUUUUAAGUAUACCAAGUCCUCCAAGUCUUUUAAUCCAAUAAACACACUCUUUGGAAAUUAACAAACUCCCAUUCUUCAAAACAAUCUAGGUUUAAAUUUAAUACAAAAUUUAGCUAUACCUUUAUACAAGGGGCAUUUCAUUAAUUUCCAUCAUGAGGAAAUCACACUCGAUAAUUCCAUCACUCUUAGCGGUAUUUAGGAAGGCUUUUUGUACUUUGUUUUUAACUAAAGAUAUUUGCGAUUUUAUUUUUAUUCACCCACUCAGGCUGAUCUCAACUAUUAUUACAACACCGUAUUGAUAUUUAUCAUUAUUUAGGAUGACAAGAAGUACAAAUUCCCUAUUAGAAUGAAAGAACAAUAAAUUAAUCAUACAGAAUACAUUUCGGCGGUAGCCUUUUAAUAUCAAGAUGAAUAAUGGACCAUGGCUAUUGCUUCUGAGUUUUACAUCUUUUUAUACACUUUUAAUGGUGAUCUGGAUAACUUUCAAAUGCUAAAAAAAGGGUUCAAUAUUAAUGGAGAAGUUGUAAACCAGAUCAUCUUUUACCAAGAGAACCUCAUAUAUGGAGGCAGUUUAGGAUAUCUAACUUGUAAGUCUAUUGACACUGCUCAGAAUUACACUUCUUAAUUCAAAGAGAGAAUUAAAAAAUAAUUUAAUAGAAUAUUCAAGGAUUUUACACCAUGGGCUUCAACUCAAGGGUUAAUUCAAUUGAAAGUGCAAGAGGAAUUCAACAUCUGUUAUGGUCUAUUCGAACAAUAUGAUCAAGAUGACAAAGUGUGUGACACUUAUGUAGCCAUCUAUGAUAUUGAGUUAAAGGACCAAUAAUUUACAGAGAUCGUACGCAUCAAAUAAUCGAAUGUCUACAAUUAUAAUUCCGAUUUGAAGAACACAUUUGAUCUAGGCAAUCUUUAAUUCUAACAUGUUCAUUUUGAAAAGCAAUGGCAUACUAAUAACAUACUAAUGAUUAUCACAACCAAGGAUCAAUUAUAAAUCUAUUUCACAUUCGAAGUACAAGAUAGAACUCUUAAUGAUGCCAGCUUGUAUCAAUCCAGAAUUGUUAAUUCGAAUAAAUCCCAAGAUUGUAUCAAACUCAAAUCUGAGUAUUCCAUCCAACAAAUCAAAUAUCCAUACAUGAAAUUCGAUCAAGAAAUACCAUAUGGUGUUUGUCUUGAUGAAAGUAGAGCCUAAUACAAACAAAAGGAAAUGUUGAGCAUUCAACAAAAACACAUGCUCAAAUCGGUCUUUAGAGAUGAACAUGUGGCUCUGUAUCAUUUGGACAACUACAUUAUUGCUUAGUUUAUUGACUUGGCUCAUAUUUAAUACAUCAAGAACUUGGAGUAGCAGUUGACUAAAUACAAUUCUUACAAUCAAUUACAAUAUUCCCUUUAUAGGGAUUCUUCAAAGGAAGCAGUCGAAAAUAUCGAAUUGCAUCAAGUAAAUUAGAACGAAGAAUUCCCAGAGAAUCUAUACAAUCUUGGAAGAUAUUCAAUUAAACAAGUAUUCAAUCACUCAGACAUCAAUGAAUCUUAAUUGUACAAUCUACCAGAACAUUACGUAUGUAUUGCUGACCAUACAAUAGAAUUUAUUGUAAGAAUGAGACCGAUCGAUUUCUUUUUCACUGCGAUUAAAGUCACUCAUUAUGAUUUCAUUAAUCAAGUAUAUGAAGAUUUACCUUUAGAAAAAUUGAUAAGAGCUUUUGGGAUUGAAGAAAGUUGUGCCUAAAUCUUGUAAAUAAUAAUCUAAGAAGAUGCCACAUUUUACAUUAACGUAGAACUCUAACAUCAAUACUAACUUGAUCUGUAAAAAGCAUAUUAAAGAAUACAUUUCUCAGAAAACAUUGAUAAGUUUUUUGAUGACAAUGAAAAAAUACCUCUUUGGGUUACAGGCUAAGUCUAUGUCAGCAAAGGAUCUAUAAUUAAGGAUAAGGCAAUGAAAGCUUACUUUUCAUUAAUCAAGAGAUCAUUAUUAAGUGAAGAUAGAAAUUAGAAGUCUAAAAAGGUGUUUAGUACUACUUAGUUGAUUUGGAAAAUCUUGGCACCAUUGACUACCAAGAAAUUCAUUGAUGAGAAAGUGUAUAAUUUGGAAUGCAAUCAACCAAUAGAAAGUUAUUCAAUCUAAUAACUCUAAAUGGCUUAUAAAUAGAUAGAGAAAUUAUUGAAAUUAUUUGAGAAUGAGCCGAAUUAUUUCCAGAAGAGAAAACAUUAAAUAGCUGAAACAUCUUAGGAUGAAUAAAUUUCAUAGAUCAAUUACAAAAAAGGAUUCAAUAAACACAUUUAUGAAUCCUUUGAAUUAAGUUCAAAAUUAGAUAUGUCCAGAAGUACUAACUAUUCUGAUCAAUCUCUUGUUCAAAGUGUCAAUGUUGAUAUAGAACAUGUAUUUUCAUUCAUUAUUUUAAAUAGACCUAAAUGAAAGGACUCUUUGAUUUUUGUCUACAAAUCAAACAAUUAUUGCAAUUUUUCAUCUACUUUUUUGGAGACCUCAAUGGAAUCAGAAACAUCAUUAAUAGCUAUUCCAAUAAAUAAUAGUUAUUUGAUUUAUCAGUCAAAACUAUACUCAAUGCAGAUCCUUCAAGUCUGCUUACAUUGAAAUAAUUAAUGAUCCAUAUCAUUAAAAGUGAUAAGUCCAAAUUCAGAGACAUGGCACAAUACAUGCAUGUUAACUUUUCAGAGUAUUUUACUAUUCAAGACUUCAAAAUUAGUCUAGCUCAGAACUUAUUUGAUGAAAUACUGUAGUUUGCUGCCUAAAAGAGUAUCAGAUUUUAUUUAAUCUUUAGACAUAAUCAAAUUAAACCCCAAUGAAUAGAUUCAUGAAAAAAUAAAACGAAUACUAAAACUUUCAAAAGCUCCUUAAAUCACCUUUGAAAAAGUACUUGAGAAAAGAGAAAUUUUUAUCUAUUAUAAAGAAUUGUAAUCUGAAUUGUAGGAACAACUAAAAGAAGCAUUGAAAUCAAUCGAAGAAGUCAUAUUUGCUAUCUCUCAUUCUUAUCUAUCUUAAAGCUUUUUGAAUUACAUGUUUCCCUUUGGCACCUUUAAGUAUUAUAUACAGUUUCUGGCUUCAAAGUGUUAGCAAUAUGAAAAAGAUCAAUUCAAUGAUGAACAUAGAAUUUGCUUCUUGGAUCUCAUUCAACAAUACAACAAUCUCAUACAAUAUUAUUUGGAUCCUCCUAAAGGUUUAACUAAAGCCUAAGUCUAUGAUAUAUUGAGAGAUUCUCUACAAAUACUGAACUAAUACAAAUAAAUUACUGCAACUGAAGUGGUUAUAAACAAUUUAAUUAAAUAAAAACUAAAAGAAUUCAUUGCCUACAUCGAUUAUAAUUAAGAUUUAGAAUUAUAAUGUAAUGAACUUGAGAAAUUGUAAAUCCAAAAGAAGCAAUUACUAGUAAAAUCAGUCAAAGGAGACAAUGAGGCUGUCCAUCAAUUAAUACAACUAUUACUCAAAUUGGCACAAUUCUCUUUAGUUUAGAAUUCAGAAAUGACCUUGGAAGAUAUAUAAGCAAUCCUGCCAUUAAGAAAACGCUUGAGAUACAUAUUCAAGGCCCAGGAAUUCAUAAAAUCUAGUUAAAAAAACGAUGUACCAAAUGACAUUCUGCAAUUCGAGAAAUAAGCAUAGGACUUAAGCAAAUUACUAUUUCUUUAAGACAUUAUGUAUGAUUAUAUAGUAAUUAAUGAUAAUGAAGGUAUAUAUAUAAUGAUAAGACUUUUUUAGAUUAUUUGAGCUAGAAAAGAAGAAUAUUAAUUGAGAUCUUAGACUGUAAUAUAAUUAUGCAAUUUUUUGAGGAUAACAAUAUAUGUUUCGGAUAGAUUUUAUGUAUGGAUUAUCUGGAAUAAAAAUAACAAAAAUAGUUAUACAAUGAAUUUUUUAUUGAUUAAGUUUGGACUAAUUUUAUUGUCUAUUCCUAUUAAGAAGCUAAAUAAUGGCCUUCUGAAAUAUUCAAAAUGUAGAUGAAAUUAGUAUUGGAGAAUCUAACAAAUAAGGAUAAAUAUAUUCGAGUCUAAAAAAUCACAGAGACCUUUGAAUUGGUGAAUAGCAAGGAAUGCUAAGAACGGAAAAUUACUUAACUUUCCACUUGGUUCUUUUUUGAAUUGUUGUUAAAUCAUAAGAUAAGUGAAAUGGAACUCACAUCCAUAUAUGUGAAUAAUUUGAUCAAUAGUGUGAUGGUAUAGGAUAACCCUGCCUAUGAAAGGUUGCAGAUUGACUAGUUGCAUUUAUAUAAAUUGUAAUUGAUUUAGCAAAUUUUGAUUCUAUUUAAUACUAUUAAAAAAAAUAAGCAUGAUAAAACUUAGUUUAAUGAAUUACUAACAUAGUUUAGAAAUGCUUUCAAAGUAUAUACUUGAUAUUAUUGAUUUUAGAAUGAGUAUAGUUAAUUUAUUGAUGACGAUGUUUACGAUUAGACAGUAAUUGAAGAAUUAAAGAAAUAAAUUGAUUCAUUAUGA